AUGGACUCCACUGAACAGCUUUUCGCCCGAGAAGACGAAGAAAGAUGUGUUGGCAGCGUUCCGAAGUUAACCAGAUCACCUGUUAUUUUCAACAUACUCACCCUGGUAAUACCUAAUUUAUCGACGAUAUAUUUUAUUGAAGCGAAAAAACAACGACUCAGAGACAUCAACAGACAAAUAGACAUGAAAUCAAGUGGAAAGGACGGAUGGAAUAAUUACUCGACAGUAAUUCAACGUCAAUGGAACUGA